UGUUGUUCAAAUUGGCGCCUCACAUAAGCACCAUAGCUCUCAACAUGUCCAGUCACGAGGAGGAUGAACACGAGAACGAGCACGAGCACGGCGAAGAUGUUGAGGAGCAGGAAAUACACGUCGAUGUUGACUCCGACUCAAGAAUGUCCUGCGGCAGCGGCUCAGACGUCGAUAUGGACAAUGGCAGCUGCUACGAUGAAUCCGAAACUCCGCUCAGCGAAUCACUGCAAUCGGAGCAAACGCGCUCCUCAUCCAGCGAGAAUCUGCCCUUUAGCAUAUCGCGCCUGCUUUCGAAACCCUUUGAAACCAACAACAACAACAACAACAUCAUCAUCAACAGCAGCCAACACAACAGCAGCAGCAACAGCAACAACAACAACUUGGAUAGAAACAUUGAGGAGAAAGAGCUGCAAGCAGAUGAGCACGAUUUGGCCGCCUAUAAGUUGGCCAGCAGCAUUGCCAAUUCGACUUAUGGCAGCGCCGCAGCGCUCUACUCGUAUCCGCAUCUUUAUCCGUCGGCAGCGGCAGCGGCUGCUGGCCAUGUGCUGCGUGUGCCGCCGCAGCGCACGCCGCUCACCUGGGCGCUGCCGCCGCUGCAUCAUGCGGCGCUCGCCCAUCAGGCGGUCAAGGAUCGGCUGGCAGCUGCCUUUCCCAUUGCCCGGCGUAUCGGACAUCCGUAUCAGAAUCGCACGCCGCCCAAGCGAAAAAAGCCGCGCACCUCGUUCACACGCAUCCAGGUGGCUGAGCUGGAGAAGCGCUUCCACAAGCAGAAGUACUUGGCAUCUGCCGAACGGGCGGCUCUCGCCCGUGGCCUCAAGAUGACCGAUGCACAGGUGAAAACGUGGUUUCAGAAUCGACGCACCAAAUGGAGACGUCAAACAGCGGAGGAGCGCGAGGCGGAGCGACAGGCAGCCAAUCGGCUGAUGUUAUCACUGCAGGCGGAGGCCAUUAGCAAGGGCUUUGCACCACCCACUGCGCCGCUGAGCUCACAGUCCGGCGUAAAUGGAGCUCCGUUGGCAGCGCUGCAUGGCCUGCAGCCCUGGGCGGAGGCGUCCCAUGCAGCGGGCUGCUAAUUGUCAAAUGGUAGAUCGUAUACAUACACACACACAUAACUCCAUAUAUGUACGUGUCUCUGUGUGUAUGUGUAUAAGGUUUAUUUGUGAUAAAGUUUGCUUUGUAAAUAGAGUUGAAAAACGUAAUGGGCACAGUGAAA